AUGUUUUUCAAAACAGUGUUUUUAGUGUUUUCAUGUGCAAUCGGAGUAACUUUCGGGACCUUCUCAUGUUAUACUUGCAUGUAUACUGCCGCAAGUACAGACCUAUCAUGUCUUACCAUUUCAAAUCACACCGCACAAGCGAUUUGUCCGUUCAGAUUUUGCACCAUAGUAAGGCAGGAACAUCUGGACCCUCCUGGAACCAUAUUCAGCCUUACACGUGCUUGUGAACAAACACCACGUUAUAUAAAUAAUGAGAUCACGGAUGCCCACUUUAGGACGUUUUACAGAGCAUGCACAAACAGCCUUUGUAACAUAGGCGACGGUAUUCAAGUAAUUGGCGGAAACAAUUUAUCGCCCACACCUCAAUUUUCAGGGGAAAAUCUUCUCGUUCCAGGAACUCGGUUAAAACCAAAUAUGACCACUUCACCUACAAAAGCGAAACAGAAACUGUCCCUGCGAAAACGUUUAUUUGUUAAAAAAUCGCCAAAAGUUGGUUGCGUCGUUGAUACAGAUUCGAACGAUGAAUUUAGCCAAUCUACAUCCCGGCCUAUUUCUCCUGCCGAUCCUUUCCUAGCCCACAGUGCUCACAGUGGAGAUACGAGCGUAGAACUAUCUCAAAAUCAAAUCACUUCUGUUGAACCACUGUACAAUAAUGUAACCAAAAAUGCAAAUUAUUGUCAUAAUGACGAAGAUAGCAAUCAGAGAUGUUGUAGAACCUUCUUUAGAAGGUCUCGUCCUAAGAGCCUGGUAGACAAUCAACCUUUAAAAGAUGAAACACAAUCGGGACCAGUUAGUCCUAUAAAUGAUUCAAGUGUCAGUGACCAAACAAUUUGUUCUCAAACAAAAUCUGACGAAAUACUAAAAGCUACUGUAAAAUUUCCAAAAAAUGAUGACGUUAAAAAAUGUUUUGAGCAUACUGGCUCUUUUGAAGGUGUAAAAUCAAAAAGUAAAUUAUUUGUUAAGAGGUUAUCAGCUGAUCAUUUAAUAUCUAUUGAGACAAAGCCACUUUAUCGUCCUUCAUCACCUGAAAGUGACAGAAGUAGCUCUUUAGACCGUAAAAGAAGGACUAAGUCGACUGUCACACGGUCAGCUUCGCGUGCCGGCAGCACUGAUAGUUUGGCACGUAACUCACUACUUGCUGCACAGGUGCUACGUCUUAUACCCACACAUGAAGCUAGAGAAAGAAACUACCUCUAUGGACGUCUAGCUUCCCAUUCCCUUUUAGGAGCAGCGGAAUUGGAACAUGUUUUUCCUGACAGGGAAGUAAAAAUAUUUGUUGGGACAUGGAAUAUGAAUGGACAAGGGCCACCAAAGGAACUAGCUGACUUCAUAUUCCCAGACCAAGUGCAGCAUGUACCAGACAUAUUUGCAAUUGGCACUCAAGAAAGCUACUCUGAACGCACAGAAUGGGAGAUUACCAUACAAGAGGUGUUGGGACCUUCACAUCUGUUGCUUCAUUCAAGCUACUUAGGAACUAUACACUUGAUGAUAUUCAUAAGAAGAGAUUUAAUUUGGUUUUGUUCACUUCCUGAAGAUGCCAGUCUAUCCGUUAGACCCGGUACUGCGUUUCGAACUAAAGGAGCUGUGGCCAUUUCUUUUGCAUUAUUUGGAUCAACAUAUUUAUUUGUAACCGCACAUUUAACUGCCCACCAAGAAAAAGUAAAGGAAAGAGUAUCUGAUAUUAAGAGAAUCAUAAGGUCGAUAGAGUUACCGAAAAAUUUACCGUGUAGACAUAAAAGUAAAGAUGUUACAAAUAAUUUUGAUUAUGUGUUUUGGUGUGGUGACCUGAACUUCAGAUUAGGCGAACCUAGAGCAGCCGUUUUGAGAUGGAUCGAACAGACGGAGUUUCCAUUACCUCACCACUUGCCGCACGGGCUUCUACAUGCUGACCAGCUUACAGCAGUUUUAGAAGAUGGCGCUGCAUUCAGGGACUUUCGAGAAGCUCCCAUCACUUUCCCACCAACGUACAAGUACGAUCCAGGCAGUCAACAAUUCGACACGUCUAGCAAACAACGAGCGCCGGCGUACACAGACAGAAUAUUGUUUAAAGCUCGAUCUAUGACGAGCAAUCCAUCAAAUCCUUUCUCAGGGUUGCGACGCGUUAGUGGGGUUCCAACUUCAUCCGGCAUUAGAUGUUUAGCCUAUAACUCAGUACAUUCAAUAUGUACGAGCGACCAUAAACCGGUGUGGGCGCUGUUUUCUACCAUGCUGAGACCCGGAACUGAUGUCGUACCACUUGCAGCGGGCUUGUUCAAUCGAGAAGUGUACGUAGAAGGUAUCAAACGGCGGAGAGCGUUGCUCGACCACGCGCCGGGCACGUCUGCGGUGUGCAACGUUCAAUAA